UGCCAUGAAGAAAGUCGGCGUGGACAAUCCGGCUUUCGAGCUCCCCAGCCCGGAACGCGUGGACCCGCAGGGGGCCGCCCGGAAGCCCACCGUCGACCCCUCGCCCAGUUUUGAACCCGGCGAGGAGCUCUGCGGGUUCGGCAGGUUCAGGCCCCCUGCCCUGCAGGUCUGCAACAGCGCCAAAGGCUACCUGGUCUUCUACAGCCUGCUCUCCAUCUUCCAAGGCAUUGUGGUGAAUGGAUUAAUAAAUGUGAACAUUUCCACUAUUGAGAAGCGUUUUGAUCUGAACAGUUCUCUCACUGGCGUAAUCUCCGCUGGCUAUGACAUUUCAUUCUCUGUGUUAUGCCUUUUUAUCUCCUUCUAUGGCGAAAGAGGGCACAAACCAAGAUGGCUGGCCUUUGCCUCUUUCCUGAUAGCAGUAGGAUCACUUGUAUUUUCCUUGCCACAUUUUACUAGUGGGGUAUAUACAUAUGGAGAAAGAUUGGAAGACACCUGUCCGGUACCUGCUUCUGCAACCUAUAAUGCCACAUGCACUGCUGGCUCAAGAUCUAAACUCUCCAACUACUUCUAUGUCUUCAUGCUGGGACAGCUGCUCUUGGGAGCUGGUGGGACUCCACUUUACACACUGGGAACAACUUUUAUUGAUGACAGUGUCCCCAAACACAAAGCUUCAGUCUACAUUGGAAUUGGUUACGCCAUGUCAUUGAUGGGUCCUGCUAUUGGCUAUGUAUUAGGAGGACAGUUGCUUAAAAUCUAUGUUGAUUUCAAUCGUCAAGUAAGAAUAGACAUCACUCCAGAAGAUCCACGUUGGGUUGGAGCUUGGUGGGUAGCCUUUGUUGUAUGCGGUUUCUCUACAUGCCUUUUGGUCGCACCGUUUUCAUAUUUCCCAAGGCAAUUGCCAGGUACAAGAAAAAUACGAGCUGAAAAGAUUUCUGAAGCACAUCAUACUGGAAAUGUCAUAACUGAUGAAUAUGCUGGGAGAAGUAUUAAAGACUUUGUCCUGACUCUCUGGAUGCUGCUGAGGAACCCUGUGUUGCUGUGUCUGGUAAUAGCUGCUGGAUUAGAAGCUUUAGUUGCCACUGGUUUUGCAACUUUCCUGCCCAAAUUUAUAGAAAACCAGUUUGGAUUUACAUCUAGUUAUUCAGCUACAUUAGGGGGAGUUGUGUUAGUCCCGGGAGCAGCUAUAGGCCAAAUCAUAAGUGGUACCUUAAUUUCAAAGCAACAAAUGCAUUGCAAAAGUAUACUGAAGUUUAUUAUCUUUACCUGUUCAGUGGCAUUUGUAUUAAAUAUGGUGUUUAUAUUUGCUAAAUGUGGGAAUGAGCCAUUUGCUGGUGUCUCUGAAACAUAUAACGGGACAGGCUUUAUAUCAAACUUAAAUGCACCCUGCAAUGCACACUGCAGAUGCAUGCCUUCAGAGUUUUUACCAAUUUGUGGUGCAGAUGAAGUCCAGUAUUUUUCUCCAUGUUAUGCAGGAUGUACCUCUGUGUCUGUUCACAAGCAUUCGAAGGUCUACAGCAACUGUUCCUGCAUUGUGAAUCCCCAAAUAGUUAUAGAAAAUACCGUCAAUGGGGCCAAGUCCGGGAAGUGUAAAUCAAAGUGUACAGUCCUGCCGUGGUUCCUUUCCUUCUUCUUCUUAACUGUUGUUUUUACUUUUAUGGCUGUUACACCAACAACUGUAGCCAUUCUCAGGUGCGUUCCAGAAAGACAUAGAUCAUUUGCUAUGGGUGUUCACAUGCUGUUUCUACGAAUUGUAGGCAGUAUACCUGGACCGAUCCUGUUUGGUGUCUCAAUAGAUCAUAGCUGUAGUCUGUGGUCUGUAAAUAAAUGUGGAAUUGCAGGAGCAUGUUGGACCUAUAACAACACCAAAAUGGCCUAUUUGUUAAUGGGUAUAAGCGCAUGUUCCAAAGCUGUUUCCAUAGUGUUUUUUGUUAUAGCAUUUAUCUUAUACAAGCCUCCACCAAGCUCGACUACAUGUUCACUACAGCUUUAA